AUGGGGCAGGGGUGGGUGGAAGGUUCAGCGCUGUCAAGGACCAAAGAUGAAAAUGGAGCCAGCCCUUUACUACAGAUGGGCAGGCCUGAGCCAUCCUCUUAUCUGUACUUGCUCCGUCUUGAAAUUGAGUCAGGAAUCCCAGUGCACGAGGAGCUGCGGAAGACAGCAGAGACAAUCCCGGGACAGGAAAAAUUUCUGUCACAAAGCAAAAGUGCCAGGCGGGGACAGGUCCCAUCCCAACGGCGGAAAGUGGUUCCGCUGACUCAGGCUUCCUCUCGCAGGCUGUCACUCAGGCAUGAGGGGGUGGGGCACUGGGACCUGUCCAAUCAGGAGGCCGGUGAGGCGGGUGGGCGGGGCGACGCGGUGCACCGGCGUGGACGUCGGUUCUUCCCACCGCAUUGGGCUGGCGGCUUACCUACCCUUCAGGGUCUUUGGAAGAGCUUCCGUCUCUUCUGUUCUGCUCUGACCUGCUGUGGUGGUUGGAGUCGAGGGAAGGGCGCAGGAAGACCUAGGAAACUUCGCAAUGGUGAGUGUGCUGCCCCGGGGAGCGGAGACGGGGCGGAGGGACUGGUUGGAAGCUCCCGGAACCGGCCUCUUCGCGGUCAACUCCGGAGUCUGCGGACCCGAAUCCACCGGGGGCGCCGCGCGGGCCUCAGUCCCCUCCGAUUUGCAGCAUGGGGGCUGACCCGGCAGCCGGGACCCGGUCCAUGCGGGUGGCGUCUUCAGCCCGACCCCGGAGCCUCUCCGGGCAACUCUGCACCCGCAGCCCCGUGUCUCUUCCAGAUUUGCUUCUUACCUGGACGGGCUGAUAAGAAAGCCUGGAGGCUCCUGCCCUGUGAGCUGCUGUUUGCUGGGGUCUCCUCCUGUGCGCUGUGCUGCCCUGACUCAUUGGCUAUUGAGGAUGUGGUUGUGAACUUCACCCUGGAGGAGUGGGCUUUGCUGGAUCCUUCACAAAAGAAACUCUACAGAGAUGUGAUGCAGGAAAUCUUCUGGAACCUGGCCUCAGUAGGAAAAACAUGGGAAUAUCAUGACAUUGGAGAUCAGUACAGAAACCAGGGGGGAAACCUAAGAAGUCCUAUGGUAGAGAGACUCUCUGAACGUAAAGACAGUAGUUCCUGUGGAGAACACUUCAGGCUUAUUCCAUCUCUCAAUCUGAAGAAGAAAACUACUGGACUAAAACCAUGUGAAUGCAGUGCAUGUGGAACAGUCUUCAUGGAUCGUUCAUCCCUUACUAGACACAUGAAAUGUCACAUUGAACAUGAACCGGGAAAGUUUCAAAAAUAUGGUGACAAGCUAUAUAAAUGUAAGCACUGUGGUAAAGCCUUUAAUCAUUUCACUUCCUUCCUAAUGCACAAAAGAAGUCACACUGGAGAGAAACUGUAUGAAUGUAAAAUAUGUUCUAAAGCAUUGAGUACUCUCAGUUGUCUUCGAAAACAUGAAAGAACUCAUACUGGAGAAAAACCCUAUAAGUGUAAGGCAUGUGGGAAAGCCUUCACAUGGCUCAUAACCUUUCAAAAACACAUGAUAACACACAGUGGAGUUGGACCUUAUAAAUGUAAAGAAUGUGAGAAGGUAUUCGUUAAUGCCAGUUCUCUUAAAGUACAUGAAAGGAGUCACACUGGGGAGAAACCCUAUCAAUGUAAACAAUGUGGCAAAGCCUUCAGUUAUUACUGUUCCUUACGAGUACAUGGAAGAACUCACACUGGAGAGAAACCCUAUCAAUGUAAACAGUGUGGAAAAGCCUUUAGUUGUCAUGAAAGCAUUCAAACACAUGAAAGAAUUCACACAGGAGAGAAACCCUAUCAAUGUAAACACUGUGAGAAAGCCUACAGACACCGCAGUUCUCUUCGAACCCAUGAAAGGAGUCACACUGGAGAGAAACCUUACCAGUGUAAACAGUGUGGAAAAGCCUUUCGAUGUAAACAAACAUUUCGAGCACAUGAAAGGAGUCACGGAGGAGAGAAACCCUAUGAAUGUAAGCAGUGUGGUAAAGGCUUUAGUUAUUUCAGUUCCUUCCAAAUACACAAAUGGCAUCACACUGGAGAGAAAAUGUAUGUGUGUAAAACAUGUUCUAAAGCAUUGAGUAGUGCCACAUCUCUUCGAAAUCAUGAAAGAACCCACACUGGUGAAAAGCCCUAUGAGUGUAAGGAAUGUGGGAAAGCCUACACCUGUCCUAGUUCUCUAAAAAUACAUGAAAAGAGUCACACUGGGGAGAAACCCUAUCAAUGUAAACAAUGUGGUAAAAGUUUUAGUUCUCAAAAAGGUUUCCAAAUGCAUGAAAGAACCCAUACUGGAGAAAAACCCUAUGAGUGUAAAAUAUGUGGGAAAACCUAUACAUGGUCCAGUUCUCUUAAAAUCCAUGAAUGGAGUCACACUGGAGAGAAACCCUAUCAAUGUAAACAAUGUGGUUUAAGUUUUAGUUCUCAAAGAGGUUUACAAAAUCAUGAAAGAAAUCACACUGGAGAAAAACCCUAUGAAUGUAAGGAAUAUGGGAAAGCAUUGUUUGUUACCAGUUCUUCUCAAAGACAUGAAAGGACUCACAAUAGAGAGAAACCGUAUGUGUGUAAAACAUAUUCUAAAGCAUUUAGUACUCACAGUUCUCUUCGAAAUCAUGCAAGAACCCACAUUGGAGAAAACCCCUAUGAAUGCAAAAUAUGUGGGAAAACGUUCAGUUCCACCUAUGUUCAAGUGCAUGAAAGAACUCACACUGGAGAGAAACCUUAUCAAUGUCAGGAAUGUGGGAAAGCCUACAUUUCUCUGUCAAGCAUUCGACGGCACAUGAGACUGCACACUGGAGAGAAACCAUAUAAAUGUGAAGAAUGUGGGAAAGCCUUCUUUUAUCACAGCAAUUUACGAAGGCAUGAAAAGAUUCACUAG